GCCUGGCCUCUUCGGAUGGUCAGCAGUCGCGCCACAGCCGCCUUGGAUCGAUCGUGUCGCGCGUGAGAUAGAACGACGUGUUUCUCACACGUUUACUUUGAUAAGUAGCGUGGUGUAGUGUGUGUAUGUGUGUGGAAAAUAGAGGACAGUUUUUCCGGACGCGUCGCGUGUCCGUGAAUGUGUGUGCGUAUGUUUUGAAUUAAUUCGAGUGCAUAAUCAAAGAAGAUAAAAAAAACUCGCAAAGAGAAAGGGCACCAACACACACACAUCGGUGAUUACGCUUGAUUUGGGUGUGUUCUUUUGUGUUGGACGUUCAUGUAUUGUGACCGGGACCAAAAAACGGCAAACGCAACGUAAAACGCAGCUGAGAACCAAAAGUGAAAGGAACCAUCGGGCAGGCAGAUCGAGUGAACGGUGAUGUGUAUCUUGUUCAUCUACGUCAACAGUGGCCACGGUGGCGACGGAGAUCCGGUGCUCGGCGAGUAUCGGCUCGUACUGGCCUCGAACCGGGAUGAGUACUACGCCCGGCCGGCCAAGAUCGCCGCACCCUGGGACGAGAGUCCGCACGUGAUUGGAGGCCGCGACAUGGAACCGGGUCGCGAGGGUGGCACCUGGCUUGCGGUCGGCAGCGACAUCCCGGCCGGAAUCAUCCGCGUAGGAGCCCUGCUCAACGUUACGGGCGAGAACAAACCCAACGUAACUUCCGGUCGCGGCCCAAUCGUGGCGGAUUACGUCUCCGGCACAACCUCGAACGAAGAUUACUCCCGACGGCUGCUGGCCGCGGACAGCUACGGGGCGUUCAACUUCGUCUCGGUCGAGCUGGAUCGGACCAAAGCUUCGGUGCUGCACGCGAGCAACGCCCCAACCGGAAUCACCCGGUGUGAACUGACGGCUCCGCUGGGAUUCGGCAACAGCACGAUGGACGUUCCACUGGAGAAGGUUCGACACGGUCGCAAGCGGUUCGGCGACAUCGUGGACAAGCAGCUGAAGGUGACGACGGACUGCGACAGGGACGCGUUGGUCGAGGACCUUUUUGGGCUGUUGAAGAGCAAAGAGAAGUACUUCCCGGACAAGGAGCUGUCCCGGCGGGCACCGGCUCAGGCGGAAAAGCUGGCCAGCAUCAACGUGCGCUUUCCGGAGGCCGGGUACGGGAGUCGUACCCGGACGGUCAUUCUGGUGGACCACCAGAAUCGGAUGGAGUUUGUCGAGGAGACGAUGGUUUCGACGGAUCCGGAAGGCGAGUGGAAGAGGACGCACAUUCAGCGGCAGUUUUGAGAUUACCGGGGGGGAGAAACGGAACCUAAUACGGGUGUGGACCAAUAUGCAUCAUCAUCAGUGAAACCUGCUCAAGGAUAACGUAAAAUGUGUUUUUAUAUUUUUGAGAUUAAAAAUUGCGAGAUUAAAUGGUAGUUGUUUGAGAGAUUAGGUCUAAAAAAUAGACGACUAAUAAACAAUGUUUUCCAAUGCAC